GGAUCUCGGGAGAUUCUCGCGCGGCAGGCGCCCGUGGCCAACAUGGCGGAUGCCCAGUUGCUUCUCAAGCGGGGUCCUUCCCGCUCCACGUGGCUGCGGGCCCGCAAGGCUCGGCCCCAGCUCGUCCUCAGCCGCCGGCCCCGCCGCCGGCUCGGGACCCUGCGCUGGUGCGGCCGGAGGCGCCUGCGGCGGCGGCUGCUACAAGCCCAGGCGGCCGGCGCGGACUGGCGGGAGAGCGGCUGCCUGGUGUCGCGCUCGGCCGCCCGGAGGCCCAAGACCGCGGCCCCCAGCCCGGCCCCGGCCGCGACCCCCGCCCCGAGUUGCCCCACGACCCUCCCCAUCCCGCCGGUGCGGCCGGCCGGCCCGGGCCGCGCCUUGCUGCUGCUGCCGCGGGACCAGGGUUUUACUUUUAGCGGGAUCUGCCGUGUGACGUGCCUCUAUGGCCAGGUGCAGGUGUUGGGUUAUACCAUCAGCCAAGGCCACCCUGCCCAAGAUGUCUUCUCUACCUACACUCAUUCUCGCCUCACUAUCAACGCAGUUCAUUAUUCUGUGCCUGAGAAAAGCAAGAAGGAGGUGAAGAGGGAAGCCCGAGCUUUGCUCAGAUCUCAUCUUAACCGGGAUGACAGAUGCUGGUUGAUGAAGAAUUUUUCUCCUCUGUGUUCCAUUGUGAUGUUGGAACAGCUGAGAACCUCCACUGUAAACUUCUUAGUCAGCCACCCGGGUUUAUCUUACGUCUUUGUACAAGAGAGCCCAACCUUCCAGAUUAACUCUGAACAUUUAGCCCUGAGGUCUGUUGGCAUCAAAAGAGAGAAGAAGAAGAACGGCCUUCGUUUAACUGAGAGUGCCCUGUCUGCCAUGGAAGAGCUAGUCGCUGUGUCCUGUGAAGUAGACGGCUGCCCUGUCAUUCUGGUUUGUGGCUCUCAGGACGUUGGAAAGUCAACAUUUAAUAGAUACCUGAUUAACCAGUUGCUAAAUAGUAUUUCCUGUGUUGACUAUUUGGAAUGUGACCUGGGACAGACAGAAUUUACGCCUCCAGGUUGCAUUUCCUUACUUAAUAUUACAGAACCAAUUCUAGGACCACCUUUUACUCACCAGAGGACACCGCAGAAAAUGGUAUAUUAUGGGAAACCUUCUUGUAAAAACAACUAUGAGAAUUAUAUUGAGAUAAUACAGUACGUGUUCAGCUCCUACAAGAGAGAGGCCCCUCUCAUCGUCAACACGAUGGGCUGGGUGUCAGACAAGGGGCUUCUGCUUCUCAUCGAUCUCAUCCGGCUGCUGUCUCCCAGCCACGUGGUCCAGUUCAGUUCCGGGCGGAGUAAGUACAUGCCAAACCUCACUCCUGACUAUGUGGACGACACGGACGGCCUGUACACAAAGAGCAAGUCCAGAAUCCGGAACAGAGGUUUCCAGCUGGCGGAGUUCACAGAGAGUUUGGAAUUUGCCGAUGAAGAAAAGGAGAGUCCCGUCGUGUUCACCGGACAUAAGCUGAUUUGCGUCCAGUCAGACUUUGCAUUUAGAAAAACGCCAAGAAACAGAGAGUCGCAUAACAAAGUUCUUCGUGAUCUGGCGGUACUGGGUUACCUCGGCCAGCUGCAGCCCCCGGUGCCAAAACCACUUUAUCCUUUACAUGGUCUGACACCCUAUCAGGUCCCUUUCAAUGCAGUUGCUCUCCGAAUUACUCACGCUGACGUCGCUCCUACCCAUAUAUUGUAUGCUGUGAAUGCCAGCUGGGUUGGUCUUUGCAAGAUCCUAGAUGAUGUUAGAGGGUACGCAAAUGGACCAAUCCUGCUCGCCCAGACUCCAAUCUGUGAUUGCUUGGGAUUUGGAAUUUGUAGAGGGAUCGACAUGGAGAAGCGGCUGUACCACAUCCUCACUCCUGUGCCCCCAGAAGAGCUAAGAAAUGUGAAUUGCCUAUUGGUCGGAGCCAUUUCCAUUCCGCAGUGUGUCUUCAAGAGCCAGCGUGGGCUUGAAGGGACAAUACCUUACGUCACAACAGAUUAUAAUUCUAAACUUCCUGGAGCAUCAGAGAAAAUUGGAGCAAGAGAAACCGAGGAGACCCGUGAAGAGAAAGUACACCCAAAACCUAAGCUCUAUCGAAAAAUAAACUGAUACUGAUGUGGUCCAUAGGGGCAGGAGCUUUUCUACCAGAAAACUCGUCUCGGUCUGCAGCCUGACGUCAGACUGACGGCGAUGGCGGGAAUUGUGCGGUGACGCAGCAAGCAGAGCUCCCUGGGUAACUCGUGGAUCUGUUGAGAGUAAAUUUAACUCUUUUUUUUUUUCCUUAUGUUUUUCUUAUUUAUUUUUGAGACAGAGAGAGACAGAGCGUGAGCUGGGGAGGGGCAGAGAGAGAGGAAGACACAGAAUCUGAAGCAGGCUCCAGGCUCCCAGCUGUCAGCACAGAGCCUGAUCUGGGGCUCGAACUCACAAACCGUGAGGUCAUGACCUGAGCCAGAGUCAGACACCCAACCAACUGAGCCACCCAGGCACCUCUAAAUUUAACUCUUUUCCAAGCUACGUGAUCUAGAGUUCUGCCCUAGUGUACUGUAUGGUUCAUCGUACUUUUUUAUUUUCUAAAGGGUUAAAGCAACAGGAAAAAGUUUGAACAUCAUUAGAACAGAAAGAACACAGUUGAUGCCUCAAAAAACUCUUUAACGUCCUGGUUUGGGGAAUCUGAAUAAAAAUAGGGAAACUGGGGCCACAGAAAUCUACCAAAGAGGAAGGAAGGCCGGCCAGCGGGGUCGCAAGCAUAACAGGAUGUGGGGGCUCCCCUCGUCCUCGAGCAGCGAUGGCAGACGGGCAGGAGGUCCAGCAGUGGGCUCCACUUGUGGACGGUCAGGGCCAGGCGGUCGUUCUCAUCUCGUCAUUUGGUGCUGUCCACGUUCUCUUCCAUUCCUGUGGCCUGGUGUGUCCGGCGUUAAAAGAUCAUGUUUGGUCUGCUCAAUUUAAUCAAGGCUUAAUAGUUAACAAAGUUUGGACUCAAAAACCCUUUGUAUUUUGGGGUUUUUUUUUGUUUUAUCUGAUGACUGUAAGCUGAAAAAGUUGCUUUGAAAUCCAGGAAACCUUUCCUGUGGCCUCUUUACAACUCUGUCUGUCCUAAUUGACUUCUCAUCUGAGGUUGAAGACCCAGUGUGCACAGAGCUGCACCCCAGGCUGUUGGAAGGACAGACAGGGCACCUGUGGGAAGCCCCAUCUUGCCUUUGACAGCUGGACGUGAACUCGUAUAUAAGGACGGACAACUCUGUGUCAUGAGCGCUUUCUCCUAGGGGCACUGGAGGCCGGCGAUGACACCAUUCUCCCAGAUGGCUUUGGGGAAGAUGACGGGAAUCCAUCCUUUGCCCUUUUCCCGGUUAUCCCAGUUCCUGAUCCCCCAGGGUUGGAAGUGGUUUCAGUAAACAAAGGUGUCAGGUGGGAUCAUGUCAUUUGUGCACUUAGAUCAGUGAGAAUCUGAUGAAGGUAGCAUUUCAAACUAGUCUUGUGAAUUCCAGCUUCCUACGGCUCGUGUGGAAGGCAGGUCGUUCCGAUGUGAGUUUUAACAUCUGUGUUCAUCAGUUAUCACCGUCCUACUUCCCCUGGUGGCCCCUCGCCUCUCGGAGACCUGCACUCACAAAUUCUCACUGGAACUCUGCCACCCUCCAGGAUUGGUUUUGAUUCCCUAGACCGUUUAAGGUCUAACUUAGUUGCCUCUUAUUUGGUUCUAAAUUUACCUUGUGUGUGUUUUUCUAUCUUGGCCUUGCCAAGAGUUUUAACAGUCUGCCAUCAUCAGCUUUCUGCCUCCUUCCCUACUUCCUUGUGUCUUUACGGUGGUCCCCACUGUAGGUCAUUGGCAGCAGGUGUCCAGAGGAAGGAAAGUGGGGCCCUGGCACUUGAGUUUUCAUUCCGUCUAGGCCUGCCUUUGGCCCGACUUCCCUUCUGCUCUUCAGGGCUGUCCACGAGUGACGUAAACAAGCGUUGCCGCUAGAGGGAGCUGCCAGCCACCGGUCAGAUGGCCAUCGGGCUAGCACGGGCCCCGGAACCUGCCUGGGACAUUCUGGAGGCUGAGACCCUGGGGACUUGGCUCUCUGGCCAGCUCAGUGGGCCUGCUCAGACUGGCAGUGGUGCCAUCCGCCCCGGAUGUCAGUCCCUUUGUCAGUGUCAGCAGUAUGGUAGGAAGUUCUAUACUCGAGUUAUUCUCAACAAAAACUCCGUGUGUGUGUGUGUGUGUGUGUGUGUGUGUGUGUGUGUGUGUGUGUAUGAUUCCAUGCUUAUUUAAGGAAAAGAAAUAAUGUGACUCAGAACUUGAAACCCCUAGUUGCUCCUUUUGUGGUGGUUUUAAUGAGAUUCCUCUACAGGAAAGAUAGAUGUGAAAAUAGAUGACAAGAUUCUUGGAUCCUGGGGUUUUAUUUUGUGAACAAAGUUCAGCUCCCAGCUGUCCUCUGUUAGGCCUGGGGGUGGAAGCGGUGACACCCCCGGAGAGCUGGCCAUGGAAACGAGGUCUGAGAAAGGGGAGAGGGCCAGUUGAGCUGGCCCUUCAGGUGCCUUGAAUGUUUGCGAAAUCGGUCUGGAAGAGGCCUGCGGGGGUGGGGGUUCCUGGGCUGGGUGGACGGAGCCCAGCCCUCUGCUGGGACCCCUGUGACAGGUGGCCGCUUACCUGCUGGACUCGGGUUUCUGCCCAGCCGCGUGAGCACCAGAGGACACGGGAGCAGGUUCCUGCCGUUGUGCCAGACGGUGAUUUUUUUGUAUUUAAUUGUCCGAUUGCUAGCUUCCUUCCUUAGGCUUCUGUGUGGCCGUAUAGUGGGUAAGGCGGCAGGCUUUGAUGUCCGAGCUGAGUUGGAAUCCCAAGGGGCCACGGGCCAGCCGAGGAACUUUGCAAGAGAUAUUUGACCUCAGCCUGUUCACUUCUGAGAUGGGUUGGUGGCUGUUCCCUCGGGUGCCUGUGCGUGGGGUGCAUGAGACUUGUCUAUACGUGGCGGGGCAGUGUAGACGGGGACCAAGAUCGUGUUCCUUACGGUCACACUGGGUCGAAGAAACUAAAUGUUUAAGUCCACAGCUGUCUUCCCUUUCUAGCCAAGUGUACUGUUGUCACAACCAGGGACGUGGGUUCCAUACCCUCCACUGAGUCCCCGUUCCUAGAAGUUUUUCAUAGACUUCCACUGAACUGCUUUUCAAGUUGUAUGAACACGUCACACGUGUGGUACGUGGCUUUAGCCACACCACGUGGGUGAUCACUGUCUCGUCUGGUGUUUUUCUAAACGGCACGUGUGUUCUGCAGAAUUGGGGGUCCUGCCGUACGUAUGGUUUUCUAUGCAGCUCUUUUCAGUUAACACGUGAACUUCUGUACCAUUAAAGAUUUUUGAGAACAUGA